UUUACUUAAACUUUUAAGAAUCGUCUCAUUUAUUCAUUCUAUCGUUAUUGAUUCUCUUUUAUUUAAGAUCGGUUUCAAUAAUAUUUACUGACGUUAAUAAUAAAUAAUUAGAAUUAAAGCUCUUAUGUUUUGUUGACAUCCACAAAAAAUUCUAUUUGGGUUUGUUUUGAUUCUCUUCGAUAUCUUUAAAAAAAAAUGAUUGAAAAUAUUUUUAAUGAGAACUCUGCUAGUGAUGAAGUACCAAAGAAAAACUAUGAUGAGCUCGAUGAAGAAGUCAUCACAAAGUUAAGAAACAAUGAGAUAACAGUCGAUGAAACUGUUAAAAACCUCGAGAAAUGGUAUAAAGAUGAACUUUUGGAUUAUUGUGAAAAAGAUUGUCCAUCUAACGAUGAAAUCUUUGCUCAGUAUUACCAUCAAAUGGUCCAUUCCAGUUCCCUUCAAGAUAUUUUGCUGAAGGAAAAAAAUUAUGCAUCAAAAAUUUCGUCAUUUGUUCUUCGAAUGGAACAAGAAAUCGGUGAACUGAAUCAGAUUCAACAGGAGGUCAUGGAUUCCAAGAUAAAUCUUCUUGAUGUUGAAACAACAUCAGAUGAUAUAAAUCAGCUUCUAGCUCAACAAUACAGUGCAUCGAAUUUGAUGCGCAAGCAAUACGAAUCGGAGUUGGAAGCUAAAAAAGGUCACCAGAGAAAUGAAUAUCGUGAAUGGAUAACAUCACAGAUUGGUAACAAAUUGAUGUCUUCUUCUGAUUCAACACCAGUUGGAAACAAAGCUUCAAUGUUUCCCAAUGUUUGUGAGAAACCUUUUCAAUUGGAAGAAUCUUUCACAAUUUAUCUUGGAUCACAACUUAAGUCGAUGCACAACAUAAGAAUCUUAGCUGCUGAUAUUACUGAUUUGUGCAGUCCUUUAGUUAAUGAAAACAAUGAACUGAUGAUUAAUGGAAAUAUUCAAUUGGGCGUUUAUUCAAGCUCUCUAUGCGGAAUUGUUGUGCUUGUUCCACCUGGAAAAUCGCAAGUUUCAGCAAACAAGAAAAUCAUAAGAAAUGCAAAUCUUUCAACUGAAUUUCAUUUCGAUCCGAUUGAUACUCAACUUGAAAGUAUUCAAGAUGAUCUGAAGAAGAUAAAUGAAGGAAGUAGUGAAACAUCGAUGUCAACACGUUUGAAACCUGGCGACUUCUUCAUCACAAAACAUUCCAAUCUAUCGCAAGCUCAUCUCAUUUUCCAUCUUGUUUAUGACGAUUCAACGACUGAAAUGAAUUCAAGACAUCCUUGCAUUCUCGGCUUGAGAAAUAUUCUGAAAGUUGCAAAUAGUUAUGAUUGCCAUCAAUUAACAAUUCCAGCUUUACUAAAGCAUCAAAUGUCGGAAGAGAUGACAAUGUCGUGGUGUGUUCGAAGAGCUGAACUUGUUCUUAAAUGCACAAAAGGUUUCAUGAUUGAAUCUUCAAGCUGGAGUGGCAGUGAAUUAAGCACUCUUCAAUUGCUUUUACCUCACGACAUUUCCGAAGAACUUUUCAUGACAAUUUCUUCGAUGGUUCCAAACAUCUUUCGUGUUGCCAAUCCUAAAAUUUUGUAAUCAUUUCAAGGAAAAGCAGAUCAGUUGGUCACUGAAAUAUUAUAAAAUAUUUUACGAAUAAACUUCCGCAUUUAUCGUUUCAUUUGUAAACUAUUAAACUCAAUUAAAAUAAAAACUGAGAGUAUAAAGAAAUAUUUUAUUGCAAACAUA